AUGUCUAUGGCACAUGAGAAACCAAAAGUUGGCGGGACAGAAACAGAGGCAAGCCCAUUCAAUAAAAUCACCGAGCCUGCUAUUCCUAUUGCUGAUAUGACAGUUGCUCGUCAAGAACUACGAUAUGCUAUAUCCUUGCUUACCUCCUACAGAUUGCACCAAGCAGCCAAAUGGGCCGGAGAACUUUUAUUAGGCAAUCUUGUCCAAUUUCCUCCACAAGCGCCCUACCAAGACCCAAUUGACGCUUCUUACGACAACUUGCAGCUUGGCCGUGUUCUCUUUGACUUAAAAGAAUAUUUAAAAUCUGCCUCAGUCCUUACCGAAUUUGCAAAACCUGAGUUUCCUCAAGCCUUUUUCCUCUAUAAUUACGCACUUUAUAUGUACGGAGAGUUUAGAAAAGAAGAAGAAUCAAUAGAAGAAGGCAAAGACGUCGAAAACCGGCAGCUUUAUACAAUAGAAACACAGCUGAAGCCAAUUGAUGCAAUGACUAGCUACUUAUUAGGAGUCGUAAAAAAACAAAGAGGAGAUUUGGAGACUGCCAAGCAGCUAUUUAUAAAAAGUCUCAAUGAGUUCCCAGUGAAUUGGUCAGCUUGGCAAGAAUUAUCAGACAUUUGUGACAUCCAAAGUUUAAGCCUGAUUCAAAACCACUGGAUGAAGAAUUUUUUUAUUGCGCAGUUUUACCACAAAAUGCAGAGAAGUGAAGAGAGUAUCGACAUGUUCGCUGUUUUGGCUGAAAAGUAUAGCUUAUAUCCCUUUAUAGAUUUCUUUAUCGAGCAAAAUGUACUGGAUUAUUGAACGACCAAGAGAGACUCUAUUAAAGGAACGGGCUGGAUAUCUAUAUCAGGAAGUGCUAAAAAGUGACAAGUCUGAAAAAAGUUGACAAGUGAACGCGCCAAUUUUUAAAAUGGAUUUAUUAUUAAAAUAAUUUUAAACUUAAGAUAUUUUAAUUUUAAUCAAUAUUUAAUUAUGCUAAUUACACAUCAUAUGAGUCGAUAAGAACUUUGUAUAUAUUUAAAAUUACAAACCACGCACUUUGCAAAUUAUAGCUCUAGUCUUCAUAAAUAAAUUAACACAAAAUAAAGAAAUUCCAUCGAGCCGGAAAAAUGCACAUCGAGUUGCAAGUUUAUGAUUUUCACUUAUAAGCCAUAUUGAUUUUUGCUAAAUACUUCUCAUAUGAGUCGAUAAGAACUUCUAAUAUAUCGAGAUACACAAGCCACGCACUUUGCAAAUUAUAACUCUAGUCUUCAUAAAUAAAUUAGCAUAAAAUAAAGAAAUUCCAUCGAGCCGGAAAAAUGCACAUCGAGUUGCAAGUUUUUGGUUUUCACUUAUAAGCCAUAUUGAAUUUUUGCUAACUCCCCCCCCCCCCCUCCGUGAGCGAACAAAAAAAUUUUGUUCGCUCCGGAGGGGGGUUAAUUUUUUUUUUUUAAAAAAAAAAAUUUAUAUAUAAAUUUUAUAAAAAAUAUUUUUUCGAAAUUUAAAAAAAUCCUAAUUUGCAAAAAUUGGGAAGCAAAUAUUAAUUUAAUUUGCAAAAUUUAUGUUUUAAAACGCAAUUUGUUUAAAAUUAAACAGAAUUAGCUCUAGAUUUCAUUAUACUAAUUAUCACUUAUAUAUCAAAAUUUUUUUCCAUUAAAAUUUUUUUCUAUUAAAAAAAUUUUUGUUCACUCACGGAGGGUGGGUUUUUGGUCAAAAAAUGGCGAUUUUUCUAAUGGUUUUGUUCGCUCACGGAGGGGGGGGGGGAGUAAGUACACAUCAUAUGAGUCGAUAAGAACUUUGUAUAUAUUGAGAAUCACAAGCCACGCACUUUGCAAAUUAUAGCUCUAGUCUUCAUAUAUAAAUUAGCAUAAAAUAAAGAAAUUCUAUCGAGCCGGAAAAAUGCACAUCGAGUUGCAAGUUUUUGGUUUUUACAACUAUUAUUAAAUUUAAAUAUAUAUAAAUCAAAAUAUUUAAAGCCGAUAUAUAAUGUGUAAUUAUAUCUUCUGUCUAAUUGGGUAUCUUAAGUUUAAAAUUAUUUUAAUAAUAAAUCCAUUUUAAAAAUUGGCGCGUUCACUUGUCAACUUUUUUCAGACUUGUCACCAUUUUUUGACAUGUCACUUUUUAGCACUUCCUGAUAUAGAUAUCCAGCCCGUUCCUUUAAUAGAGUCUCUCUUGGUCGUUCAAUAAUCCAGUACAUUUUGCUCGAUAAAGAAAUCUAUAAAGGGGUAUGAGCUAUAUACAGGAUUGUAAUAAAUUAAUAUUUAAAAAAAAAUAUUUUAUAUUAAAAAAAUAUUGGUAUCAGGACAGGAUAUUUUCCAAGCUCAUCUUUUUUAUAUGCACAAAUUGGGAAUUUGUUUUUCUUAAUGGACGAUUAUACGAAUGCUAUCAGCUGGUUUGAGCAGGUAGAAGAAGUAGACCCAUACCGUUAUGAGUUUAUGGACGUCUAUUCGAAUAUUCUUUAUGUAAGAGAAGAAGCGGGGAAGUUAAGUUAUUUAGCUUAUAGGAUGUAUCAAAAUGAUAAAUAUAGGCCUGAGACGUGCUUUGUGUUGGGGAAUUAUUAUAGUUUGAAAAAUGAUCAUACAAGAGCUAUGGUGUAUUUUAAGCGAGCAACUCAGUUAGAUAAGAAUUACCUGCCUGCAUGAAUUUUAAUGGGCCAUGAGUACUUAGAAAUGCAGAAUGUUACCAAAGCUAUCGAAAGCUACAGGACUGCAAUAGAACUUGAUUCUAAAGACUAUAGAGCUUGAUAUGGAUUAGCGGAAACUUAUGAAGUGUCUGAUAUGAACUUGUAUGCUAUUUAUUAUUACUAUAAAGCUAUUUUGACCCGACCACAAGAUUCAAGACUUUGGGUAGCUCUUGGGACUUGCUAUGAAAAAAUGGGGAAAACUAAUGAGUCUACUAAAUGCUAUGAAAAAGCUGAAAGGCUAAAAGACAGAGAAGGAGUCGUUUUACAUAGACUUGCCAGACUAUAUAUACCUCAAUAUUAAAAUACCAUCUAAUUUAAUUUUUAAAAAAAAAAAAAAAAUUAUCUUUUAUUUUAAAGGAUAAUAGACUAAAUAUGACUGAAAAAGCCGCAAAAUGUUUUUCUGAAAGUUUAGCGAGAAAAGACCAAGAAAAUGAUACAGGAGAAGAGACGAUUGAAGCUAUCAUGUUUUUAAAGCAGUAUUAUUUAUCUAAAAAUAUGCAUGAAGAAGCAGCGAACUAUGCAAGAAGGCUAUAUGAUUUCGGAGGGGCUGAGCUGGAUAGAGCUACUUAUCAUAUGAGACAGACCGAGCUUUAA